GCCCCGCUCGCUGCCCAUUGUCUGCGCCCCUGACCGGAGCGCCCUGGUGCCACAGUGCGGCCCGGCGGGGCAGCCUCCCAUCGUCACUUCAGCCAGCGCAACUAUAAGAGGCGGUGCCGCCCGCCGUGGCUGCCUCAGCCCACCAGCUGGGACCGCGAGCCAUGCUGCCCGCCGCCCGCCCCCAGGGCUGUUAGAGCCAGACUGCGAAUUCUCGCCACCGCCGCCACCGCCGCGUCCCGUCCCACCGUCGCGGGCAGCAGCCAAAGCCGCCCCAACUUCGGCACAGAGCAGGCGAGGCCGGGCAGGUCAUGGGGCACUGGGCGCUGCUGCCCGGCUGGGUUUCUGCUACGCUGUGGCUGGCGCUGGCCGCUCUGCCUGCAGCCCUGGCCGCCAACAGCAGUGGCCGAUGGUGGGGCAUCGUGAACGUAGCCUCCUCCACGAACCUGCUGACCGACUCCAAGAGUCUACAACUGGUGCUCGAGCCCAGUCUUCAGCUGCUGAGCCGCAAACAGCGGAGGCUGAUCCGCCAGAACCCGGGGAUCCUGCACAGCGUGAGCGGGGGGCUGCAGAGCGCUGUGCGAGAGUGCAAAUGGCAGUUCCGCAACCGCCGCUGGAACUGCCCCACGGCUUCGGGGCCCCACCUCUUCGGCAAGAUCGUCAACCGAGGCUGCCGGGAAACGGCCUUUAUCUUCGCCAUCACCUCCGCCGGGGUUACGCAUUCAGUGGCACGCUCCUGCUCAGAGGGCUCCAUCGAGUCCUGCACGUGCGACUACCGGCGGCGGGGUCCGGGGGGCCCCGAUUGGCACUGGGGGGGAUGCAGCGACAACAUCGACUUCGGCCGCCUCUUCGGCAGGGAGUUUGUGGACUCCGGGGAGAAGGGGCGGGACCUGCGCUUCCUCAUGAACCUUCACAACAACGAGGCGGGCCGCACGACCGUGUUCUCCGAGAUGCGCCAGGAGUGCAAGUGCCACGGGAUGUCGGGCUCGUGCACGGUGCGCACGUGCUGGAUGCGGCUGCCCACGCUGCGCGCCGUGGGCGACGUGCUGCGCGACCGAUUCGAUGGCGCCUCGCGCGUCCUCUACGGCAACCGCGGCAGCAAUCGCGCCUCGCGGGCGGAACUGCUGCGCCUGGAGCCCGAAGACCCCGCUCACAAGCCGCCCUCACCCCACGACCUCGUCUACUUUGAGAAAUCGCCCAAUUUCUGCACAUACAGCGGACGCCUGGGGACAGCCGGCACGGCGGGGCGCGCCUGCAACAGCUCGUCGCCCGCGCUGGACGGCUGCGAGCUGCUCUGCUGUGGACGGGGCCACCGCACGCGCACACAGCGCGUCACCGAGCGCUGCAACUGCACCUUCCACUGGUGCUGCCACGUCAGCUGCCGCAACUGCACGCACACGCGCGUACUGCACGAGUGUCUGUGAAACGCCGCGCGGACUGGCCCCCAGCAGCGUUCUCCUCUCGCCCACCUCCAAACAGACCCCAAUGCGCACCCACCUGGUCCCUCCAGCCACACUCCCCGGGAUUCCUACGUACGCGGUCAUUUCUCCCACGUCCUCCUACCUGGGGACUCCUGAAACCACUUGCCUGGGCCGGCAUGAACCCUCUUGCCAUCCUGACGGACCUGCCCCGGACCUACCUCCCUCCCUCUCCCGGGAGACCCCUUGUUGCACUGCCCCCUGCUUGGCCAGGAGGUGAGAGAAGGAUUCGUUCGCUCCCCUGUGGGGGUCAGCUUCUGACGGUGUGGCUUGGCCUCCUCCACCGCACCAGUGACCUCCUUGCCUCUCUCCCUCCCCUUUAUCCUCAGUUUUUCUCCAGGUCCCCUCAUGCCCUUCCCAUUCUCCUGCCAAGGCCACAGACCCUGAGCACACACCUGGGCAUCAGGGCCUUUCUCCUCCCCACCUACAGCUGAACCAGGGGCUGCCAGGGUGAAAGGGCAGCUGUAGUGAUGUGGAAAAUGAGGUUGGGGGACCCAGCAGAAAUACCCCCAUUCUCCCAGCCUCUGUCACGGGGCCAUUGAACAGCUGUGAGCCAUGCCGCCCUCGGCCACCUCCUACCCCUUCCUGUCCUGCCUCCUCAUCAGUGUGUAAAUAAUUUGCACUGAAUCGUGGAUACAAGGCCACGAGUUUGGUUGUUGUAAAUAAAACUAUUUAUUGUGCUGGGUUUCAGCCUGGCUUGCAGAGACCACUUCCACCCCACCCCAACCCAGUCCCUCUCCCUUCUCUCCUUUUGCUCUCCAGCCUUUUUUUGAUCCCUCUUCCCCGCUCCCCAAUUUCUCAAAGAUGCUGUUGCCCACCGGAAUCAGUAUUUCCUUCCAUUGUAGCUAUUAGUGGCUCCUCGCCCCCACCAAUGUAGCA